AUGUCUGCCACUAAGCUCGAAUACCCCGAGGACAGCUUCCCGACUUUGAAGCCCGCCUUCAUUGUCAAAGCCUGGGGCAUCUCCGACCAGUUCCCCUGCGGCGACGUCUGGACUGGCGGCACCCUGUUAGCCGUCCCCUUCUACGACGGCAUUGUCGAGUCCGUUGGCGGCUUCGAGCCCAGGUUCAAGUUCGAGAUCAAGCACGGCUGCGACUACUUCAAGAUCGACCAGGACAAGGCCCACGGCCGCCUCGUCGUCAAGGUCAUCCUCAGCGACGACGAGGGCCGUGCCGUCACCAUGACCGUCUACGGAAUUUGUGAACUGAACAAUGUCAACAUGCCUAUCCUGAUGGGCGACCCGAGCGCCGCAUCGGCCCCUUUCGGCUACUCGAUGGAGCACAUCAGCUUCGAGUCCGGCCACGACGGGUACAAGCCCCUGGAGAGCAUGCUUUUCGCCGGCAGUCAGCGCUUCACCGCCGGUGGCCACGGAUCGCUUGGGAUCGAGGUUCGUGCCUCAAGGAUCAUCUCUGGAACGGGGACUGAGUAA